CAUCGACAUAAUCAAGGGCAAUCUAUUCGAAAAAACUAUGAUCGCGGUCUCCCUUGUUCCGGAGCGAUGGCUCGCCACUUGCAGCCAGGGGACUAGCAGCGCGAGCGCCUCGCGCAGGGCAGUCAUGCUAUCAGCUUCUCGUCAAGGCGCCCCCGCAUUCGCGCAGCGGCGAACAGCACCACCUGCCCUUGCCGGCCCUGUUGUGGUCAAACACGCCGCCCCCAGCACCGGCCACGCUGUCCGUGGCCGCACCUGCUCGCUAGCCGCGACAGCUUCGGCAAGCUCAGCUUCAGCAUCAGAUGUGGCACCUGAGCGUCUACGGAAGGUGCUGGAGGGGCUGGAUGCGCUGAACAGCAAGGACCCCCGCAGCGUUGAGGUGGAUGGUCAGCAGGUCCCGUACGAGCUGGCCUAUGCUCGCUGGCUGACGGGCUGGGUGCUGCGGCUGGCGGCGGACGCGGGCAUCGAGGAACCCAGCGAGGAGCUGCGCAUCACGGCGCGGGGGCAGCACGUGGAGCGCUGGAAGGUGCCCAGGAACAGCUACCCAGAGGGCCGCACCGCCUACCUGCAGUGGCGCGAGGACCUGAAGAAGGCGCACGCCGCCACCACCACACGGCUUAUGGCGGAGGCGGGGUACCCGGAGGAGUCGUGCAAGCGUGUGGAGAAGCUGAUAUUGAAGAAGGCGCUCAAGAAGACGGAGGGGCAGAUCGUGGAGGACGCGUUGUGCCUAGUGUUCCUGGAGCGCCAGUUCGCCGAGUUCUUCCCCAAGCUGCUUGAGCAGGCGGCGGCGGCGGGCGGCGACCCGGCGGCUGCGCAGGCGGAGGCGGACGCAAAGAUGGUGGACAUCCUGCAGAAGAGCUGGAAGAAGAUGGGUCCGCUGGGGCGCGCAGCUGCGGGGAAGCUGCCGCUGGGGGAGCGCGAGGCGGCCCUGGUGGGACGCGCAUUGGCGGGGUGAGGUGGCAGGGAGUCGGACAAGGUGUUAAGGGGCGUGUGUAGGGCUGGGAGCAACGGGCAUCCCUGGCAGGAGGCCAGAUCUGUUGGAUAUGCAAUUGUUACGGGGUGUUGUCGUGACUGAUGGUUCAUGUGCAUGCGCAGCGACCGAGUGCAUUGACCAGGAGCGGGCGGUGUGGGUGGGGAGGUUUGCGUCGACGGCGCAGGUGCUGUGGGAGUUCAGGCGGCCCGCUUAUAAUACCGAGUUGCGGUGUAUCAGCCGUUCGCCCUUUGAGUUGACUGAGUGCGGCGCAUGGCACUGGGGCAUUGAAGCGCGGACAAUGUGCUUGUGCUCGCAAUGCCCGCAUGCAACCCCGCGGGAAGUGGUUGUGGACGAGCACUGAGCUGAUGAGCAGGUUAUCAUAUGAUAAGCGCGCGCUUGAAAACUUGGAACUUAAUCAGUAACUUAACUCCAUAAAUAGGUUGUGAGCUUCGUGGGGCUAGGCUCUUUGCCAGCGCGAGUUUCCGACACCAGCGUUCAAUCGCUGCCUGUGACAGCCGCCGGAAUUUGAACGUGCUCAUGUGCAAUUGGGAUUUAUACUAGUGACUUGACAGCAUUGCCAAUUUGCGUGAACGCUCGAGUGUGGAAUGACGCGUUACAUUGACUUUGAGUUUGACGCGCAGAACGCGCUGACCACAGUUGCUUGCUAACUUAGGCAUACAUACAAUGUGCAAUUCAAGCAAGUUUGGAGACUUAGCUUGAGGCUCGCUUGCAUACUUCGCCCAGUGUGGCGCCUACAACGCGGGU